AUGACAAUCGCCUUCCUCGGAGCAACAGGUGGCUGCGCAAACGCCUGCCUAGCACACACCCUCUUAAACGGCCACAAGGCCCGAGCCCUCGCACGCACACCCUCAAAGCUCACAACCCUCCUCCUGGAGCAACCAGACAUAACCCAAGAAAUGCUAGACAACCAACUAGAAAUCAUCCAGGGAGACGCCACUGACCUGGAAUGCAUAACAAAAACCCUCAUUGCAGACUCCGCACCAGACAACCACGCUCCCACGCUGGUCACAAGCAUAAUCUCCGGUCUGGGUGGUGCACCCAGCAUGUCCUGCACGCGCGAGACGAAGUGUCCAACAUCCACAUUCAGGGUUCCGGCAUUGCCACACAUCGAGCUGUCUAAUCCGAAUAUCACGGAGCAGACGACUCGCACGUUGCUGGCUGCCUUGAGAUCAAUUGCUGUGGAGCGGUUCGAGAGUCUGGAUGCUUAUCGGGCGGUUGCGCCUAUGCUUACUGUUAUUUCGACGACGGGACAUUUGCCGGGGAAUAAGGAUGUGCCGUUGUUGUUUCGCCCUAUGUAUUCUAUUUUGCUUCCUAUCCCUCAUGCGGAUAAAUUGCAGAUGGAGAGGUUGCUCGAAGAGGAUGUGGGGCUCGGGGAGAAGGGGGUUUUGGGCGCUGGAGUUGUUGUUGUCCGGCCGAGCUUUUUGACGGGAGAUCAUCGGGUGCCUGUUCGGGGAAAGGGUGCCGCUGGAAGGGAGAAGAAAGGGGAGAAGAAGGGGGACGGGCUGGGUAGUGUUAGGGUUGGGACUGAAAGGGAUCCUGCCAUUGGGUAUACAAUUUCUAGGGCUUUGGUGGGAGAGUGGAUUUUUGAGGAGGUUGUGAAGAGUGGUGGGAGGAAGUGGGUUGGGGAGAAGGUUACUAUUACUUGCUGA